ACCGAACCACCGCCCGCUGUUUGCUUUCCUUUCCUUUCCUCUCAACGCCAGCCACGCCGAGAGGAGAGAGACCAACCGCCGCCACCGGAAUGGCGGGGUGAGGAAGCCGCGCCGGACACGACAGAGGAACCUCCGCCGCCGCCGCGGCGACCAACAGACACCGGGUAGAGGAAGGGAUCCAGCCAGCCAGCGAGCCAUGGGGAGCGACGUGCCCAUGAGCCCCGAGCUCGAGCAGGUGGACGGCGAGAUCCAGGACAUCUUCCGCGCGCUCCAGAAUGGGUUCCAGAAGAUGGACAAGAUCAAGGACUCCAGCAGGCAGUCCAAGCAGCUGGAGGAUCUCACCGCCAAGAUGAGAGAGUGCAAGCGUUUGAUCAAAGAAUUUGACCGUAUACUCAAGGAUGAGGAGAAAAAGAACACUCCUGAUGUCAACAAGCAGCUCAAUGACAAGAAGCAGUUCAUGAUCAAAGAACUCAACUCCUAUGUAACCUUGAGGAAAACGUACCAGAGCAGCCUCGGUAAUAAGAGGAUCGAACUAUUCGAUACUGGUAAUGACCAAGUGGCUGACGAAACUCCAGUUCAAAUGGCAUCAGAAAUGUCAAAUCAAGAACUCAUUAGCGCUGGAAGGAAACAAAUGGACCAAACUGACCAAGCCAUUGAGCGCUCAAAAAUGGUUGUUGCACAAACUGUUGAAGUUGGAGCUCAGACUGCUGCAACUCUGUCACAGCAAACAGAUCAAAUGAAGAGAAUAGGCAAUGAGCUAGAUUCUGUCCACUUUUCACUGAAGAAGGCUAGCCAAAUGGUGAAAGAGAUUGGCCGCCAGGUUGCUACUGACAAAUGCAUUAUGGCGUUCCUGUUUCUUAUUGUCUGUGGUGUUAUUGCAAUAAUUGUCGUCAAGAUUGUCAACCCACAUAACAAGAACAUCAGAGACAUUCCGGGGCUGGCACCUCCCGCCAUGAACAGGAAGCUGCUGUCCGUCGAUGCUUUCGGAGGGCUCCGAGCGCUGUGAAUGGCUGCCCCCUGCAGUACAUCAGAGUUCUCCUGUGAGCCACACGAUACAUGAUUUUGCGAUUAUUUUGUGCUUGUAUAUUGUCUCAUGUUGUUUACGCCUGCCCAUUCUUUCCCUAUUGCGUUGGUGAGUAGUAGGUUCAGGUUUCUAGCGGCACUCUUGUUGUUUAUUGCUUGCGAGCACUGGCUUUCUGGUUGUCUGUGUAUACGCGGUAGUGAUGUGAAUGUGAGAAUUGAAAUUCUUCAUGGUUCAUUCUUGUGAGUUGUGACUCAGGUUUGUGAGCUUGUGGUGAAGGUUCUCACUUCUCA